UUGAAAGCGACCUUAAUGCAUAGAUUUCCAUGUAAAUCAAAAUCAAAUUCUGUACUUCACCCUCCAAUUCAUACGGUCGGAGAGAAACCCAAGGCUCGAAGCGUUCUCUUCCUAUAUCAAACCCUACCAAAAAUCCCAUUGUUCUUCAAUUAUUCUUAUUAUUCAAAGAUACCCUUUUGUUUUUUAAUCAAUUGGGUAGCCAAUUCUUGCCGAUCCAGAUUAGUUUGUGGAAGAAAUCUACCUGGGUUCUUGAGUGCAGGCUUUGAUUUUGUGAUUACAAGUGUUGAAGUGGAGAAAAACCAGAAAGUUUUAAGUGGGAAAGUUUGUCAUUCGUCUUUCUGACCAAUGAGAAUCUUAAUAGUUCUAAAGUGGAAAUGAUCGUCGAAGAUGAUGAGGAUUGAAAGUCGGCAUUGAACUUUUUAGGAAAUGAGUCGGUCUCCUUCAUUUACGGUGAAGACAGAACUUAGUCCAAAGCUUGAUCCUGAAUCUUUGCGGCAAUGGGUUGUGGCCUUUUGCAUUAUUAGAUUUGAUCUUGAGCAGGGUCAGCUCAUUGAAGAGUGUUACCCACCUGGCUGUCUUACACAAGAUGAGGAACUUGAAAUUGCUUUUAGUUCCUUCCCAGAUUCCGUUUCCCAGCACCAGAACCGGUCAACUAUUCACGAUUGUAUCUUCUUUUUCCGGUUUCGAAGGAAGGAUGAUUCUCGAUUGGUCCAUGUCUCUUCCUCCGGGAGAACUGAAGAUGGUAAAAAGUUAUUUCCAGACAAAAGAAAUAUCAGAAGAUCCAACAAUAGCAUUAGUAAUAAAGCUUCGAGAUAUAUGUAUGGUUAUGUUUUUAAUAGACAGAGACAUGAUGAGAGGCUAAAGCGAGGUGGGGAACAGAAGUCUGUGGUAAUUUUGUCCCCCAGUCCUUACUCCAGUGUGUUUAGACCCCUGUUGCAAAUAAUGGGUCCACUGUAUUUUGACAUUGGAAAGAAAGCUCUUGAGCAUAUUGCUGCUUAUGUUUCAAUGUGGCCUUCUCCUGUACCUGGUAAGCUAAUGGAGCUUCCUAUAGGGAAUGCUACACUUAAAGUGAACUUGCCACCUGCUCAUAGCUUGCCCUUGGAAAAUGGAAUGUCGUUUGAAGAGUCUGCUUCCUCUAUGGCUCCAUUACUUCCUAAUAAUCAGUCAGUACCCCAGGGUCUUUUCCAUGAUUCAGAUAUUUUUGGUACAUUCCGAGGCCUUCUAUUGCAGCUUUGGGUGUUGUGGGAGUUGUUACUCAUUGGUGAGCCUAUUCUUAUCAUUGCACCAACACCUCCCCAGUGUUGUGAGGCUGUUGCUAGUCUUGUGAGUUUGGUUGCACCACUACUUUGUAGUGUAGAUUUCAGGCCUUAUUUUACCAUCCAUGACCCUGAAUUUGCCCACUUGAACUCACUUCAAGAAGGAGACACUUUUCCUCUUAUGGUUUUGGGUGUGACAAACCUCUUUUUCCUCAAGGCUCUCCGUAACAUUCCCCACAUUGUUUCAGUUGGAUGCCCUGCUUCAAGCUCAAACCGCCUUGCCCUCACAACAAGGUCUUCUACUGGCAAAAUCUCUGCUAGAUCAGAAGCGUUUGGUCUUCAGCAGCUUUCCUUGAAGAAGCUUUCUCCUUCAAAUUUGUUAAGUGCUGUGAAGUUGAGAAGAGAUGGUCCCCUUUGUCUUAUGACGGAACAUAAGGAAGCCAUUUGGAGCACUUAUGCUGCAAUAACGAAGCCAGACACUUCUAUCUUGAAUAGGCUUAUAGAUGCUGGGAUGUCACCUAGGGUUGAGGAGUCAAUGUCAGUUGUUAACAAUGAGAUAUUGCGGCGGCAUUUCUUGGAGCUCACUACCAACUUUUUGGCCCCUUUUGGUCCAUAUUUUAGGACUAAGACACCUUCAGAAGGCUCUUCUCCAUUUUUUGACCCUCCCCCUCUCCCUGCAUUUAAUGCCGAUGAAUUCCUAGCAAGUUUGUCAGCAAGAGGUCCAGGGAAGUUCUUAUCAAAGAGGAUGAAGUCUAACUGGCUGGAUUUAUACAGGCGGUUUCUGAAAGGACCCAACUUCAUGCCAUGGUUUCAAAGAAGGCGUGCUGUUGCUGAACAAGAACAGCAUAAACUGUGGAAACAGGCAAGGAUGAACUCCGACAUACAACAGUUUAUUUCUAAAAUGUCUGAGUUGGAAAUUGUAGAUUCAUUCAACGUUAUUGAGAGACAUCUUCUUGGAGAAAUACAGCAAUCUGGAAGGGCUAGUGCAGAGUCUGCAUCAACUUGCCAGAAACUGAGAGGAGAUCUGCAGGCAGUUUUCUAUGUGCUUCCAAAAGACAUGCAGCAGCUUCUGCUUUUGAACCCACAAAGAGCAGCUCUCCUGCAAGGAAGUUCUGAACCGACAAAACUUCCCGGGCGCCCAUUCGUACAACUUGGGGGUGUAUCUUCCACUUCACCCAGAUAAUACUAAAAAGCAUGGCUGGUAAAUAGAUUGACUAUGGCAUGGAUGGUGUUCUCAUGCUGCUGAAGAACAGCAAAUGUGAUUAUAUUGUUGCUUCCAUCUGUUAUCAGACUGGGAGUUCUCUGACUUCCAGCACAGCUGAUCUACAAGAUGCACAAGAAUCACAAAUCUGUCUAUUGAACCAUCCGCUCCCCUGAGCACUCUUGAGAUAAUUGCAACUGUAGAAACACAUCCAAUUAUUCAAAAUUCGUGGAAAUGGUGUUUGCCUUUUUAGUGGAAGUUGAAGCUUCUUCUUGUUGUCUUCAUUUUGAAGGACCCAACUGUAAGCUAGAAAUUUGUAGAAUAACUCAGAAAGAUCUCUCACAUGCAGUUUUUAUAAUCUCAUCAAUAUUUUCAGUCU